CGAUCAUUAGUUCAGAACUUCAGUGCUUCAAGAAACCCAUUAUUGAACAUUCACCCAGGCAAGAAUGGCUGAACUUCUGGUUAGAUACAAUUUUUGAAGCAACAAAUGUUACCAGUGGACUCAGAUUUCCAGUUCUGGUGAUAGAACCAACCAAAGUCUACCAGCCUUCUUAAUUCUUGUCUCUAUAAACAAUGAAGCUGAGGAGAGGACGGUUUCUCUGUGGCAUGUCUCAUCCAUGGAAAUGGUUUUGCUCUUUGGUCAAAGAGAUGAUAACCAGUGCAGCGGGCUGUACGGUGGGGCUGGAGGGAGAAUCCGAAGGGAACACCUUAGAGCAUGAGUAUGACCAUGGUGCGAACGGUGAGACAGUGGUGCUGGGAAAGGGCAUGUAUGGGAUCGUGUAUGCUGGGAGAGAUCUGAGCAAUCAAGUGCAAACAUCCAUCAAAGAGAUUCCAGAGAGAGAUAGCAGGUACUCCCAGCCGCUGCACGAGGAGAUAGCCCUGCACAAGUACCUCAAGCACCGCAGUGUUGUUCAGUACCUGGGCUCUGUGUCCUAGCACGGCUACAUUAAUAUAUUUAUGGAGCAGGUGCUUGGGGGAAGCCUUUCUGCUGUUUUGUGAUCAAAAUGGGAGCCAAUGAAGAAGCCUAUCAUCAAGUUUUACAUCAAGCAGAUCCUGGAAGGCCUCAAGUAUCUCCAUGAAAACCAGAUUGUGCACAGAGACAGAAAGGGUGAUAACGUUCUGGUGAAUACCUACAGCGGAGUGGUGAAAAUCUCUGAUUUUGGAACCUCUAAACAUCUUGCAGGAGUGAAUCCAUGUAUGUAGACUUUUGCUGGCACUCUGCAGUACAUGGCGCCCAAAAUUAUUGAUCAAGGAUCUUGUGGAUGUGGUGCCCCAGCUGGUAUCUGGUCCCUGGGCUGCCCUGUCAUUGAAAUGGCCACCAGCAGACCUCCGUUCCGUGAGCUCGGUGAACCACAGGCAGCAGUGUUCAAAGUACCGAUGUUUAAGAUUCACCCUGAGAUUCCGGAAACCCUUUCAGCCGAAGCCAGAGCCUUCAUUUUAUUCUGUUUUGAGUCUGACCCCCACAAACGUGUCACCGCUGCUGGCCUGCUCCAAGAGGUUUUCUUAAGGCAGGUGAACAAGGGCAAGAAGAACUGAAUUGCGUUCAGGCUGGCAGGGGCUGCCUGGGGCUCUGUGCUGGCACUGUCCCUGUCGCGGGAGCCGGUGGGCAGCAGCAGCAGCAGCGAGCACAGCUCAGUCUGCCCUGACUCAGAUGCCCAGCCUGACAGGUUCUUCGAGAAGGCCCAGGCGCCCAAGCACAGGCUCAGUCAUCUCUUAGCCCCGCCCCACGAUGACAGCUCUGCCUCAGAAGACCGGAGUGCAGCCUCAUCUCCCGAGGACAGGGACCUCUUCUUGCUGCACAAGGACAACGAGCGCAGCGCCGUCCUGUACAAAAUCCUCUGGGAGGAGCAGAACCAGGUGGAUUCCAACCUGUAGGAGUGCGUGGCCCAAAGUUCUGAGGAGUUGCAUCUCUCAGUCGGCCACGUCAAAAUAAUUGGGAUCCUGAGGGACUUCAUCCGCUCCUCAGAGCACAGGGUGAUGGCAUCCAUGGUAUCAAAGCUAAAGGUGGACCUGGACUUUGACAGAUCAUCCAUCAAUCAGAUUCACCUGGGACGGUUUGGAUUUUAGGAUACUACUUUUGGAACAAAAAGAGAGUACCAAAAUCUUUCACGGCAAACUCUAGAACAGAACACUCAAGAACUGUAUCAUCUUCAGUUACAAUUCAGAUCUAAUGGUGAGUGA